AUGGCGCUCGUGCAUCUAGAAUCUAAGAAAGGCUUGGCUUUGGUUGGGCAGCUUGAGGAUUCCGACAUUAAGCUUCUUACGUCCGAAAAAUCACCAAUCUCAUGGUACUACAAUUGGUCACCUACCCCGUCCAAUAUUAUUGGAAAUUCGACCCUUUUCAUUCCGCUUAUACAUAGCCUUGAGACCCUGGGCGAGAGAGAUAUUUGGUCUUCACUCGACGGCUUGCCAUCUUCCUCGCAAUACAUGUUAACGUUCAACGAGCCCGACGAAGCGGAGGAGAAUGGUGGGAGCUACAUCUCCCCAGAGGACGCGGCAAAAGCAUAUAUCGAGGAUAUUGUCCCCCAUCGCAACUCAUCACGGAGCUGGCAGAUAAGCCAUCCGGUAGUGACAGGUUCGGAGCGCGGCCUCAACUGGUUGCGAGAUUUCAACGAAUCUUGUUAUGAGAUAGACCCAGGGAACGGCUGUCCCGCUGAUUUUAUUGCCGUGCAUUGGUUUGGUGAUUUUACUGGCUUAGCCUCAUGGUUGGGCACCCUGCGAGGGUUCUACAAUUCAAGCGAAUUUCUAAAUACUUCAAUACUGAUUACCGAAAUGGCGCUGCCGCAGGGAGUGGAGGAUGAUAAUAUCUCAAUGCUCGAACAGGCCAUGAGUUACCUCGACGGGUUGGAUUACAUCGCUGGCUACUCAUGGUUUGGCGCAUUUCGGAAGAAGAACGCCAAUGAGUGGACUGGGGAUGGAGUUAGUCUGUUGGAAAAUAAUGGUGAUUUAACUGGCCUUGGCGAGAAAUAUCUCGGGGGUGAUACGAGCGAUUUCAAGACAGAGGAUGACAGUGACAGUGGUAGCUAUGUGCUCCAGGCUCGCCGGUCUACCAUUUUGUUAUCUCUAGCCUUGGUCCUGGGCGUCAUGAAUAUAUAG